AUGACAGGAUCGUUAGAUUCCUCUGUUCCGGCGGAUUCCACGGAGAACACCGGCAGCAGCGAUAAAAUAGUCGUGACUCCCAUAGUAGCUGAGGGGAUCAUUCGUCUGGACGCGGACGAAGCUUCUCGGAAGGCGGCCUUUCCGUCUCUCUCAUUCGCAGACCCGCCGGCCAGGGAGCAGCGACUAGGAAGCGGUGGUUCGGGAAACGAGGCGCUCUCAAUCGAGGAUGUGCUUGCAGGGGUUGCUGUUUCUGUAGAAUUCAGCUCGCGAAACGACCAGCAAGUGGUUACCAUCCAGCUACCGGAGGGGUCAUCUUUCUAUGGAACAGGGGAGGUCGGAGGGCCUCUUGAGAGGAGCAAGAAACGGAUCUUCACGUGGAACACGGACUGCUGGGGCUUCAACGGCAGCACCCCUUCGCUCUACAUGUCCCACCCCUGGGUCUUCUCCCUGCUGCCUGACGGCCGCUGCCUCGGCUUUUUAGCCGACACCACCCGGCGCUGCGAGGUGGAUCUAAGAGCCGCACCCACCCUCUGCUUCACCGCAUCAGCUCCCUUCCCGCUCAUCCUCUUCGGCCCCACCGCCUCUCCCUCGCACCUCCUGCAACUCCUCGCCAAGGCCAUUGGGCCCCUCCCUCUCCCUGCGCGUUGGGUGUUGGGCUACCAGCAGUGCCGCUUCAGCUAUGAGUCUGCUGCCAGGGUGGAAGAGGUGGCGAAGACUUUCCGAGAAAAGAAGAUCCCGUGUGAUGUCAUGUGGAUGGACAUAGACUACAUGGACGGCUACAAGAGCUUCACAUUUGACCCGCUCACCUACCCCGACCCGCCUGGGCUUGCACGAUUUCUGAACAAGGCGGGUUUUAAGGCCAUCUGGAUGCUGGACCCGGGGAUCAAGGAGGAGCAGGGGUACGGUCCGGUGGAGACCGGUGACGCGGCUGAUGUGUGGAUUCUCAACGCACAGGGCAAGCCGUUCGUGGGCGACGUGUGGCCGGGUCCCUGCAAGUUCCCCGACUACACGAUGCAGCGAGCCAGGGAGUGGUGGCGCGACAUGGUGGCUGGGUUUGCAAAGGGGGGGGUGGAUGGGAUCUGGAACGACAUGAAUGAACCCACUGUGUUCCGGGCUGUGAAUAAGACGAUGCCAGACGACAACAUUCACAGAGGGGACGACGACAUGGGCGGUACUCAGAACCACCUGCACUACCAUAAUGUUUACGGCAUGCUCAUGGCUCGAGCAACCAGCGAGGGCUUAGAAAAGGCCCUCCCGGACAAGCGCCCGUUUGUGCUGACCCGGGCGGGGUUCAUUGGCAGCCAGCGCUAUGCUGCCUCGUGGACGGGCGACAACCUGGCCACCUGGGAGUAUCUGCACAUGAGCGUACCCAUGGCUCUCAACAUGGCCCCCCAUUGCCCGUUUCCCACGUUCACCCCCCUCUUCUGCCCCCCCAUGCUCCCUGGAUCCUUCCCUCGCACGCCGCCCCGUCCCCUCCACCCUCCACCCUCCCUUCCGUAUCGCACGCACACACCCCAGGCUCUGAGCGGCCAGCCUCUGAACGGGCCUGACAUCGGCGGGUUCGCCUUGAACGCCACACCGCAGCUGUUCGCUCGGUGGAUGGGCAUCAGCUCUGAGCGGCCAGAUAUUGGCGGGUUUGCCUUGAACGCCACUCCUCGGUUGUUCGCUCGGUGGAUGGGCAUUGGGGCUCUGCUGCCCUUCUCCCGUGGGCACUCGGAGAAAGGGACGAAAGAUGCCGAACCAUGGGUGUUUGGAGAAGCGUGUGAGGGGGUGUGUCGGAAGGCCAUAGAGCGUCGCUACCGCCUGCUGCCACACCUCUACACACUCUUCUAUCAUCAUGACAACACCGGCAGCCCUGUCAUCUCACCCCUCGCUUUCACGGACCCCUCCAACCCAGCACUGCGAGCAGUGGAAGAUCAAUUCCUGCUGGGCCCUCUGCUCGUCAUGACAUUCACAGAGUGCAGCAAGUUCGCCGAUCCGUCAGCAGCCAAUCAGAGGCUGCCACCUGGCACGUGGAGGCGCUUCCACUUCCACGAUUCUGACCGGGACCUCCCGCUUCUCUUCCUGCAAGGAGGCGCUAUAUUGCCCACGGGGCCUGUCGCACAGAAUACUCAAGAGAUUCAUAGGGAAGACCCGGUCACACUCCUAAUCAGCCUCGACGAAUCAGGUCGCAGCGAGGGCCAGUUUUUCGAGGACGAGGGGGAUGGGUUCGGGUACAGGGUAGGCGAGUAUCUUCUGACCACUUACGUGGCGACACGUGGCACGGGAGAGGGCGGGCUGCCAGUGGUGGAAGUCAAGGUGGCAAAGGAGGAAGGUUCUUGGAAGCGGCCUCGUCGGAAGCUGGUGGCACGCAUGCUCCUGGGAGAUGGUGCCUAUGUGCAAGCUGAGGGGUGGGAUGGCGAUGCGAUCUCUGUCCCUCUGCCCACUGCUGCUGAGGCAGACAGACUGGUGGCUGCAGCAGUGGAGGAAGAGAAGGCACUUAUGGAAGCGGCUCCUGUACUGCCAGACGGGGCGAAGGAGGAUGGGGAGGAGGGAGGAGGGGAGGCGCUGGCAGCAACGAACAUGGCAGCUGGCGACCUGCAGUGCCACGUGGUGCUCAAACACGGAGGGAGACUUGACUCGCUCUUCCACUACCCCUCAGGCCAGGAGCUUCUGGAGUCUCGUUUCGAGGAGGGUGGGUAUGAGGAGUAUUCAGAGAGCGAGUACCGAUCGCCAGGCUGUCAGGAGCAGUACCAUGUGGUGUGUGAGCAGAGGGACCACAGCACGGGGGGCAGUCACCGCAUGAUCGUUCAGGGAGACAUUGGCAGUGGACUCAUCAUGCGUCGCUGCUUCUCCCUCGGCCAACCCAUCCCCACCCCCUGGGCUGCUGCCACCACCACUGCUGCUGCCGAUGCCAAGUCCCUGACCCUGGGUCAGGAGCAGCAAGUCUCUCUGAGUGACGGGCCCACAUCCAUGGAUGGACCAGCAUCCGCCAACGAAACAGUCGGAGCAGCUCCAGCCGAUGCAGUUGAUCCAGUUGAUGCAGCCACGUCAGCACUCCCAUCCACGCCCAAUCAGCUCCACGUGACGUCAGCGAUCAUAGCUGCUGCUAUUGGCGCUGGCUCUGGCGGGUUUUCACGCCCCGCCUGUCUGAGGGUCCACCCCUCAUUCCGAGUCGUCCACUCCUUCUCCUCCGCAGCUCCCCACGUGUGCUUCACAUCCAUCAAAGGCACCGAGGAGGUGGUCAAGCCAGACGUGCAGGAGCUCUGGCUGAGAGGCGACGACAGACCCAACGGAAAAUGGUCUCUGGUGGAUCCGGGCACAGGCCGCACCGUGGUCAACCGAUUCAACCCGAGUCAAGUGCAGGCGUGCUUCGUCUACUGGGGCAGUGGUUUCUGCAACCUGGAGCUGGUUUCAGAGGAGAGACCAGUGUCGGUUGAAACGCCUCUCAGGAUCGAUCACUCGUACAGCAUUGAGACAGUGGCGGAGUGA